UUGUAGCAGCGGUGGCAACUUGAGCGGAGCAAAGCGCAAGAACUUUCCGCCACAGUCACUGGUCCGAUGGUAGUUUAAGCUUCGUUUCAGUAGGUACCAAUCCGUCAACGCCAUCACACCACGGUAGUAUACGCACCCCUAUUCCUCUCCUAUCCGAUGUGAGAAUGUGUGUUCACCAAUUAUUUUUGAUUAAGUGAAUAAUUUAAUUAUGUGCUUGACGAAAAAUGUAUACCUUCAGUUCAUCUCAUAUGAGCUCCGUACGGUCAAACCAACGAAUAACAUUAACAAAUGUGAAGGAAUUUGAAUUACCGUAGCCGUCACAUCAAUUCAUGCAAAAAAUUCACAAUAUAACAUAGGACUCAAAUCUAUAUUGAGAAUAUAUAAUUAACUUAUAAAUGACUGAAAAUACAGAAACACUGUAUAUUACCCGGAGAAAGGUGUAAUAAACGACUGUCAUAAUGUCAACAAACAUUAAUGGGUCAUUCGAGCACAUGCCAAAUAAUAUGAAUUUUGUUGAAGGAUUUGAAAGAUAUUAUCCCUUGGUGUUAAUAGUCCUGGGAAGUUUAGGAAAUUGCUUAUCAGUUUUGGUUUUUUUUGGCACCAACUUAAGAAAACAAUCAUCAUCAUAUUACUUAUCAUCGUUAGCGAUUAGUGACACAAUAUUCUUAGUGACCCAACUACUACCUGAAUUGGCGAAAGCUGAAAUUGCCGAUCUCUUUUACAUGUACGGAUUUUGUCAAUUUUCCAUUUAUUUAACACAGAUGUGCAGUUUCAUCAGCGUUUGGUUAGUAGUGGUGUUCACUUCAGAACGAUUUAUAGCUGUUCGGUACCCUCUUCAUAGAUCAGUAGUGUGUACAGUGUCACGGGCCAAAAUAGUUCUUUGUGUUUUAAUAACAUUUGCAUUUGUUGUGCACACACCCUACUUGGUUAUUACAGGACCGCAAGAAUUAAUAUACUCAGAAACCAAUUCCACAGCUCCCGCCUGCGGUUUGAAUUUAUCUUGGUAUGGAGUAUACGUAUGGCUCAACUAUGCGGAUAUGGUUGUGAACAUGGUUGUUCCAUUUUUCUUAAUAGUCAUAUUCAACAGCAUGAUCUGUCAGUCAGUAUGCCGUUUAGCCAGAAUCAGACGAUCCAUGACACUUCAUCCAUCUAGACGGCGACAGUCUACGCCACACAAUUCACAAAACACGUCACAGAUUAAAGUCACUAAAAUGUUAUUAGUCGUGUCAACGGUUUUCCUGUGUCUUAACUUACCGUCAUAUGUAUUUCGAUUGUGGAUAGUGUGGGACGAAAAAGCAACACGCAAGUACAAAAAUUUACAGUUUGUUGCUAAUCAGAUGUACAAUACAAAUUUUGGUAUAAACUUUGUUUUAUAUUGCGUUAGUGGUCAAAAUUUUAGGAGAGCACUAACUGAAUUUUGGACUCAGAGAAAAUAUUCUUAUAAGAGAUCCAGAGAUACACAAGUUACAACAGUGUUGUCAGAAUUUUCUAAGAGCGGCGUUGGAUCAAAACACGCAACACUAAACGGAACGUGGAAAGAAGUGCAUGAACUCCUACCAAUUGCCCAUGUAUCAUGAUGCCAAUUAUUAAAAUGAGUUACUAAUAAUUUUUUUUGUUUUCACGUCAUUCACAAACGGCAUUAAUUAGCUUUAAAUAGAUUUUAAAAGUUAAGAAUAGUACAACUAAUAAUUAAUGUUACCAAGUUAUUAUAUGUUUAUCUUUUAUAUGAAUAAAUUUUCAUGUAUUAGUUUAUUUUACAGAUUUACUAAAUUAUAAAAUAUAUAGGUAUAUGUCGAGGAUCUAAGAUUAAAAGGGUAUAUAAACCAACAUCUUACUUUUCAAAAAAGCAAAAUUAAAUUUUUAUUUUCUAUUUCAGCUUAUGAAAAACUUGUAUUUCUUUGCAUAAAAAAAAUUUACCUUCCAGUAAAUUAAUGGUACACCAUUUUCUCGUUGAAAAAUAUUUAUUAUAUUGGUUAAAAUAGACAAAUAAUCGAAAAAUUUCAAUUUUGAAUUUGAAUUUCUAUAAUAUAAAAUUGUG